GUCAAUGACAUGCGCCCGGCCCCGGAAGUCGUCGCGACCUUCGCCGCUCGGCACCUCGGACCCGUGAGAGCGACGGAAACUCGCUGCGACUCCGUCGGUGAUGUUCGACUCCGUCGGUGAUGUUCGACUGCAGAUGAUCUGAGACGUUUCAGAUUGAGCUCGUGAGACAAAGAAAAGCGAAGCCGCGAUGCUUCGUGUGUCGCUGCUGCUGCGAAGCGGAGGAGCCGCGAGGCGGUUUUCCUCGUCCUUCUCCGGUGCGAGCGUUCUGCCUCCGAACCUGCUGCUGCCGUCCAACCUCGUGGAUCCCGCCAGAUUGAAGCGUCCGCCUCCUCCCGCCGACUGCCCCCUGCCUCUUCUGAGGAAGUGUGACGCCGCCGUUCCAUCUCACCUGAGCCCCGUACAGACGUGGGUGGAGACGCUGCAGAGGCCGGACGGCGAGCCGCUGGGUUUGGCUCAGCUCCACCCUGACGUCUUCGCGGUGCGUCCGAGGCUCGAUAUUCUCCAUGACGUGGAAAGGUGGCAGAGAAAUUUUAAGAGAAUCAGCCACGCCAGCACAAAGGUCAGGUCAGAGGUCAGAGGAGGGGGCAAAAAACCCUGGAACCAGAAGGGAAGCGGACGAGCUCGUCACGGCAGCAUCCGAUCGCCCAUAUGGAGAGGAGGCGGCGUGUCUCACGGACCCCGAGGGCCGACCAGCUACUACUACAUGUUGCCCCUGAAGGUGCGGGUGCAAGGACUCAAGGUGGCGCUGAGCUCCAAGAUGGCGCAGGACUUCCUUCACAUCGUGGACUCCCUGAACAUCCCCACUCCGGACCCUCAGUACCUGCUGGACCUCGUCAGACACCGACACUGGGGAGACUCGGUGCUGAUAGUCCACGUAGGCGACGAGUUUCCUGAGAAUCUUCUUCAGGCGACGGAAAACCUGAAGACGGUGAACGUGAUUCCAGCCAUCGGUCUGAACGUCCACAGCAUGCUGAAGCACGAGGUCGUCGUCCUCACGCUGGACACCGUCAAGUUCCUGGAGGACAAGCUGCUGUGGCACGACCAGCGCUACACGCCGCUCUACCCGUUCAAACUGCCCUACGCAGACUUCCCGUAGAAUAACAUGUCACAUAUAAUGUAUUCACUUCUCUCAAUGACGCCACUGAUUAAAACAAACAAAUGCAAAUCUUUAUUAAAAGUAUCUAAAAGGCAGGUGGAGAACAAAACGGGUCUGACAUCAAUAGUUGAACUUGCUCGGAGCGAUGCCGUUGGCCAGGUCGCUCCUGAUCUUCCAGCAGAGCGCCGGACGCUUCUUCUCCGUCGGCACGACGUACGUGUUGGGCACGUAGACCCUCCGGGGUUUAGGCUGCGAACACAGAGAGAACGAGACUUUUAACAAAAAAACUUUACAAACUGUUUGACGUGUAAUGUUUUGAGCUCAAUACUGCGGGUUUGUAUUUGUGUAACGAUAUUUGUCACAUUCGACUGUUGUGUUGGAGGUAAUAAAAAGUUUUGCUGAGUGGAAA